GUUAUUAGCACCGUACAAAAUUUAUCAAAAUUCAUCGUGAUAAAAAGCGCAUAUUAGCAUUACAUUUCUGGAAAUUUGUUGUUUCAAUAAUAUGAUUUUAUUAUAUAAAACUACUAGUAGAGAAGUAAAUUCAUGCGGUAUCGAAGAUCCCAAAACCUCAUCCUAAGUUCGCCAAGUUACCAUUCAUUACCCAUUCAGGUGUCAAAUUAACGAUCGAAUUUCCGAUCUGAUUCACGAAUCAGCUUUAAAAAUGUAAUCCGAUAUUAUGCCCUGUAUACUUACUUUUGUAUCUAUAUCUGCAUAUAUAGAUAGGUUCAUGCAUUCUUCUUGCUUUUAUUUAUUAUUUGCCAUAUAAAUGUAGCCAAUAAUGAGCAGCACAUAAUCAGCAAUGUUUAGAAUGAGUUAGUUGUUAAAUUCUUGCAUUGUGUCUUUGUACAUAAUCGCCAUUUUUGCAAGUCAAAGCUGCACUGCACCGUCAUAGUUAGCUAAGCUAGCCUAUAAACCAGUCUUCGGUUAUUUAUUAAAUGUGAAAGUUUGCGUUACCUUUGCUUUUUCUCUGUGUUUUUCACUUUAGAUUUUCAAUGGGGGACUCGUUAAAUCAAGGCGCUGGGGGAAGUGAAGCUGUCUGCUCUUCCAGUUUAACAUGUGGAGUCCAAAAUGGAAGAAAGCAGUUGGGCGAGGAAAUUAGCAUCGUCCGAUUGCAAGUUCGUUCACAAGUACAAGGGGUUAUCGAGGGCGAUAUUACAAUCCCAGUUGCAAUUUCAGUUAAUCUCACGUGGAACCAAGUUUUCAAGAUUCUGAAGAUCCAGAUUGAUCCGCAGAAACAUGUUUUUCGGGCUUAUGGACAAAUUAUUGAAGAUUUUUCGUCUCCAAUUUAUAAACUUUAUUACACAUAUAAAACGAAGAGGGACACGUACUAUGCCACCAUUCUGGCCCGUGAUGAGGAGGAUGAUAUGCCUAAAACGAAAGCCAAGUCAGCCAGACGGAGAAAAAAAUCUUCACAAUCGUCACUUAACCCCUCGAGUAGUAGAACCACCUCAACAAAAAAUUCUCCAAAUAAGAGAACACUCCCCAACAGAAAGGUCAAGUCAAAGACGGCGACGGCUGUGGCACCUGCCGCAGUAUCAAGUCGUCAAAAACAGAAGCGUUCCAGGACUACAAAACAAACCAGUAAAAAUGUUUCACUGCCUAAACCUGCAAACACAAAGAUUCAAACUAUGACGAAUCCAAGGGAUCACCCAGUUGCCAAUCCUCCCGAAAUGAAUCACCACCCAGAGGAAAGGAACGAACAAGUUCCAUUUCGCUUCAAUCCAUCAUCGGCCUUCGUGACCACAUUUCCUACGAAUCACCCUAAUCAAGCCACGCUGCCGGCUUCUUCCAGGGAAUUCGAGCGACCUGAAUUGGCAUUCCGGGACGAAUCAACAAUGGCUGGUGAUUUGCUGUUACCUGAAGAGACCGAUUUAAAACCAAAAAUUUUACGCUAUUUAACUGAACAUUGCAGCAACCGAGAUAUGCUGAGCAUGCGGAUGGAAAUGCUUGGUCUGAAGAGGGCCAUGAAAUUUCAAGCCUUGAAUCGUCUCAUCCCGUUCACUGCAGGAAUCCUCCAAAAUGCUUUUCUUGAUUAGCUGAACUGACAUUAAAAAUCGUAGGAUUCGUUAAUUUUUGUCAAUUAUUUUGACUUGCAACUUCAAUAUGUACCGCUUUGAAUAUUAUAAACUCUUAUGUACAUAUUCCAUUACCCAUCAUUCUUCUAAUCCUAAGUAAUUGGUUAAAAUAAAUCUGUAGAUAUAUA